AGCCACACUUUUCUCACUUACUAGUUACAAGAGCCAGAGAGAGGCCUCAGAGGGACUGAGAGACAGAAGGAAGUAGAAAUCAGAGAGGUUUUGGGUGAAAGAGAAGAGCAAGUUGUUGAAGGAGAGAUGGAUCGUAACGGUGGAUUUGGUCGGAUUAGGGAAGAAAGGAAGAAACUGAGCUUCUUCAAGAUCUUCCAGAGUGCAGACUUAUCCUCUGAAUCGAUGAGAGCACUUCCUUACGACUUCAUGCAAAAUCUGUCGGACAAUGACUUGUCAUACAAGAUGGUGAUAAGAGCGGAGUGGGGAAGCUCAUGGGAAGUAGACAUCUCGAAGAACCCGAAGUUCUACUACAUGGAGAAGUCUGGAUGGAACCAGUUUGUGAGCGACAAUGCCUUGGGUGAAAACGAGUUCGUUACCUUUACUCACACUGGACUAAUGCGUUUCGACGUCAACAUCUACAAUCCCGAUGGCAAGGAGAUCGUCACACCACGAAAACCCCCUCCAACAACUCCUUUCAGUGGAGUCAAGAAAAAAGAAGGUGAGAGCAGCUACAAGGACGUGAAGAAGGAAGAUGAAACAUGCGAGUCUGUGGAAGGAGUUGAGCUCGAAGCCACAAAGAAGAAAGCUGAGGCUUCUAAAACAUCCAAGAAGAAGAAGAGCAAGAAAGUGGUGAGUUAUGUGGGAGUAGGUGAACCAUCCAGAGGCAGAAAGAAGAAAGCUGAGAAACUCAAAACAUUCAAGAAGAAGAAGAUCAAGAAAGGUGUUCCAGAGUUCAAAAUCACCAUACGGAAGUCAUACCUCAAGUUCUUGUUACUCCCAAGGGUGUUUGAGGUGGAGCAUAUCACGAGUGAGUCUAAGGAGUACACGAUACAUCACUGGAAGAGGAAGUGUUCAUGGAAUGUGCUUUGCUUGGUGAGGGAGAAUCGAACAGUCUUCUCAAGUGGAUGGUGUAGAUUGGCACGAGAGUUUCCUUUAAAGGUCGGUGACAGGUGUACCUUCAAGCUCAUCAAACCCACAGAGUUUGUCCUCAUCACCAAGAAGAGCAGAAAGGAGAUCACUGUGAUUGGCUAAUGGAAGGAAUGUUUUAUUGUCUUGUUUCCCUAUAUCUAUGGAGACAAUAUGAUAUUUAGCUUAAUGUGUUGUUUUAUGUGUCGGUUGCACUUUUAUCUUUAUCUGUUUAUGAUACUAAUCUUGAGACUUUUACUUACUUUGAU